CACGCCGCGCCGCACCUGCGUGCUUUGUCCAGAUACUUCCGGUGCGACCGGCCUGGUACUAUCACCUUCUAACCGGCCGCUGAGCCCCGCCAAUUAUCUAUCGCCUGCCGCUGCUAUCACGGCCACGCCAUGGAGCGCCUUGAUAAAGCGGCGUUGAACGCACUGCAGCCCCCAGAGUUCAGAAAUGAAAACUCUUUAGCUUCAACCCUCAAGACACUCCUGUUCUUCACAGCUUUAAUGAUAACAGUUCCUAUCGGGUUGUAUUUUACAACUAAAUCCUAUGUAUUUGAAGGUGCCCUCGGAAUGUCCAAUAGAGACAGCUACUUUUAUGCUGCAAUUGUUGCUGUUGUUGCUGUUCAUGUGGUUCUGGCCCUGUUUGUCUAUGUGGCCUGGAAUGAAGGCUCACGACAGUGGCGUGAAGGCAAACAGGAUUAAAGUGAACAUCACCUUUUGAUAGCAUGAAAUUUAUUUUUUGAAUAUGUUAAGUACUUCUGGGAUAUAAAUAAAUAAAUGCAUUUUGUUUGAAUAAAGUUGAAAGAACAUGUUAAAAUCAGUCUUAAGGAGUCAGUCGCAUUUGGCUAAAUUUUGACCCAUCCAAUAAUAUGGUCACUUUGAAUUUUUAAUCUCCAUUUGCAAAUGAAAGUUUGGUAAAGUUAAGUAGGUAUAAAUGUAUAUGUUAAGAGAGUUAUAUCUUAUCCUAGGAAGAAUUUAAUUACAACAACAAAAAUGUUUAGCAAUUUGCCUUAUAAUUGCCUUUUAGUUUUAUUUAUUUGGGUAGAUUAAGAAAUACUUAGUGAAGCAAAUAUAAAUUUCCUUUUUCACUGGAGGACUUCCUGGAAAAUACCAGGCCCUUGGAUUUGAGAUUCUAAUUUCCUGUGGAAAGCUACCAAAAAUGUAGGCAGUGUAGUUAAUCUAAAUGUCACUGAGGAAGGAUAACUCUCACAUUCCAUUAUAAUGGGGAAAGUUACUGAAAUCACACCCAUUCAAACAAAGGAUUUAGGAUUACUGAGGCAAAGAAUUGAGCUUACUGUCAGUAUUGUGAUUAUCCUACUAACAUUGUGCCGCAUUUUUCUUUGAUAUUAGGCUUCAAUUGCAAAGUUUAUCAAAAUCCCAUUUAGUGUGUCAUCCUACUUUAAAAUAGAUAGUAUAUGAUAGAAUGCCAAACCGGGUGACAGUGGCGCACGCCUUUAAUCCCAGCACUCAGGAGGCAGAGGCAGGCAGAUCUCUGUGAAUUUGAGGCCAGCCUGGUCUACAGAGCGAGAUCCAGGACAGGCACCAAAACUACACUGAGAAACCCUGUCUCGAAAACCAAAAAAAAAAAAAAAAAACAAAAAAAAAUAGAAUGCCAAAAUGUUCAGCUUUCACAUACUGAGAGUGUAUACAGUCUUGAAAACAUCACAUUUCUUAAGAGAUAUUCUUGUAAUGUUUUUGUUGUUGUUGUUGUUGUUAUUGUUGUUUUUUUAAAUCAGAGCUAAGUUACAUCCUAUAUUUAUAGUCUUUCAAGUCUUUUUUGAUGAGAACACCCCAGCCCCAGAAAAAAAGCCCAGUUACCUUGCUUUAGUACCUUCAGUCUAUGGUCAGAUAAACCACUUGGUACUGUGUAUAUGCAAUAUAAAAAUGCUGUCCCCCAAAUAUUUAUUUUUUAUUAAAAGUUCAUAAUAUAUUUUCUGUAAAACACUGGAAAAAUACAAUAGCAAGAAAAUAAAAAUUUAGUAGUUUAGUUCACGACCCCUGCGCAAUAUUGAAAGAUGUUUCUUAAUGCUGGUUCCAUACAUACUACAAUCUUGGUUUAAAUUUAGUUCUUGCCAACUUCACCAAAGACCUGUUUGCAGUUUUUCAGAUACAUGAUAAAUUGCCCAUUGUCUUACAAAUCACAUUCUAUCUUUAGUCUUCUAAAAUUCACAUUUCGAUGUUUUUAACAAAAAAUUUUGAGAUGAAAACUCAGUAUAAAUACUGUAUAGUAUGUGCAUAUAUCAAAACAUUAUAUGGCACCCCAUAAGCAUGUGUGCUUUUUGAUUUUAUGUAUCAGUUAAAUUUAAUUGUAAAAAUGAAGAAAGUUCAAAUACCUGUUAAUGAUAAUCCUAAUAUAAUGAAUGGCCCCUGCCUAAAUGUUUGCCAUUAGUGAUUUGUUUGCUGUUAUUUUAUGCUGUGGAACUAGACUAGAGGAGUAGAGAGGUGAUUAGACAUAAAGAUAAGUGUUUGUGUUAUAUUAUUGCGAUAAACAUGAUUAUUAAAGGAUUGUUCUUAAUUCUUGAAUUUAACUGUUGUAUGUAGUUUGUAUUUAAAAGUGAGUAUUCUAAAUAUAAGGGUCUUUAUUUUGUAAAGAAUGCAAUUCUUAGUAUUACAAUAGUUGAGUCUCGGACAUUUGUGCUAGAUUUCUAGAUGGUUCCCUUAUGAGGUGGCUUAUUGUAUUUAGAAUGUCCACUCAGUUUAUUUUUAUAUAAUGCUGAGGUUUUUUCCUUGUACUUUAGGGAUCUUGUACUGUUUGUAAAAUACACUGUUGGGUUAUUUUAUUUGAUUUCAAACAUUGCUAACUAAGUAAUGGUAUAGGUCUUUUAAAAUACUUUAGCCAGCGAUACAUGUAAAUACAUUUAAUUUUUCCUUGGGAAUAAAGUACAAUGUGUUCAAACACUAAAAUCAAAUAUUCACAUCAAUACUUAGAAUUAAUUACAGAAUAGAUUUGUUUUCAAAGCUGUUAAUUGUUUCCAAGGAUUUUGACUGCUCAUGAGUUUGCUGCUGUUAGCUAUGUUAAUGAAUGUGGUAUUCGACAAAUAGACAUGUUUUCAAGGUAUCUAACUAGUUUCCUCUUGCACAAAGUACAUAUUUCAUGUGUUAGAAGAAAAGCUACAGUUGAACUGUUAAGUGUUUUCCGGCAGGAAUAUGUUCACUGAUGUUCAAAACCUGAUUGUAAUAGUAAUCUCAUUAGGGAAUAUAACUUGAAGUUUCAGUGCAAGCUACUGAUUUUACCCUAUUUUCUGUAACAAUGCCUUUCUCACCUGAUUUGCCUCCUAGAGAAUCUUUUCUCCCAGUACUGAAAAAAUGGAAGUCUGCUGUAAGAUGCAUCUGGUAUCAUUCAUUCUUCAAAUGUCUGCCAUUUCACAUGUUACAUUAGCAUUCUGGUUUGUAAUGAUAGUAAAGAAUUUGAAACCGGCUAUUCAAAAUAACUGGGUGUUUCAUGGGGAUCUAAUAGUAAUUAUAAUAACUUGAAAGUUUACAUCAGAAAAGUUAUAUUGAGCCAGCUAUGGUGGCAUAUGCCUAUACUUCUAGUAUUUGGUAAGCAGGUACAGGAGGAUCAAAAGUUCAAGACCACCCUAGGGCUGCACAAGACCCUGUCUCAAAACAAGACCCUACAAAAACAAAAAAAAAAAUGGCUUUAUUAAAAGAAGCAACCAAUGGUCUUGUAUUUAUUUUCAUAUAAAUCUUAUGUAGACAGGACAUUCAAACAGGUCAGUAAAAGUAUUUAGACAAGUAAGAUGCACCCAAGGAAGGCUAAAACUAAAGUUAUAUGAAAGGAUUGAAGUGUUUUACUUAUAUCUACUAUAUCUCCAGACAGUUUCAUAUUUAGUGCCUAGGCAUAGCAAAUUUUUAGACUUGUUUGGCCCAUUUGAUAAUUAGUUCAAUGAUGGCACAGUAUUUGUCACUUGUCUUAGGUCAAUGGCAGGUUUCUUUACUCUUAAGUGUUCUGUCAUUCACUAGGGAAAUACACAACCAUUUAGAUUCUACUCCUAGUUUUUAAGUUCAUUUUCACCAGAGUUGUUCUCAAGUGCCCUCUAAGUUUUUUUUUUUUUCAGGGGGAUGGAGUUAUCUUAAAAAUAAAUUACUCUCGGAGACGUUGGGAACCUACCCAUCAAUGCAUAACCUCUGAAUAGCUUAACCCUUUAUUCCGUACAAAAGUCCAGAAUCUCUCCAUAUCACUGCCGGCCACGCUUACACUUGUGUUAAUUGCUAUGUGUGCUUGAAGUAUCGUUUCUUUUUAAGAUGUUCUGUAAGUCAUAUUGUCAGUUAUACAAUCUAGUCUUCCUUCCACGUUUGGUGAAAUCUCACUGAACAGGAAUAAUAGCAAUAGCUAACAACAUCUGCACAGCACCUUACAGUUUGCAAAGAACGUUCACAUAUUCUUGUCUUGAGUUUUGCGUAGUGAACAUGUUACAGAGAUGUCCCUUGAUGUCAAUGCUGAGUGUUAGAAUUUCCAGUCACCAGUGUCACUAGCCAUGCUAUGGCUGCUGACUGGGGUGGGGGUGGGGGUGGGGGUGCCAAUGUGCUGUUUGUAAAGCUUGUGUCAUCACAAUGGGGCCUGCAUUUCUUAGCCACUUGCAUCAGACUGACUUGUUAAGUGAUGCUUUUUUAGUCUUUACCUGAAUGGGUUUUGUAUUCAGUAUAUUGUAGCCUGUAGUUUGUAUUAAUUUACGACUUGUCAUUAAAAAAAAGUAUUUGUAAUGUUA